AUGCACGCUAUUGCAGUAACCGAGUAUGGUCCCAUCACCAACCUCAAAUCAAUCGACAUUCCCAAACCCUCCGACCCGCAAGGCCAUGACAUUCUCGUGCGCGUAAAAGCCUGCUCUGUCAAUCCAGUCGACACCAAGGCGCGCGCUGGGACCUACGAUGACUAUCCAGACUACUACGAACGAACACCCAAGCUUCCUCAAAUCCUUGGCUUUGACGGCGCUGGCGUGAUAGAAAGUGUUGGAUCUGCUGUCACGAACUUCAAGUCUGGCGACGAGGUGUACUACUCUGGUUCCCCAAUCCGACAAGGAAGCAACGCUGAAUACCAGCUGGUAGAUUCGAGAGCCGUGGCACUGAAACCAAAGAGUCUGGACUGGGGACAGGCUGCUGCCAUGCCCUUGACUUGGAUCACAGCGUAUGAAGCACUCGUGGAACGCAUGGAGAUUCAGAAGAACGAACAGGCUGGCAUCUUGAUCAUCAACGGAGCAGGAGGCGUUGGCAGCGUAGCAAGUCAGAUCGCGCGUCGUGUUCUCAACCUCCCUGUUGUAGUCACUACAGCGUCUAGAGAAGAGACAGUCAAUUUUUCAAAAGACGUAGGAGGCGCCAUGCAUACCAUCAACCAUCACAAAGACAUUACAGAAGAAGUUGAAAAGUUAAAGCUCGACGUCCCCAUCAAAUACGUCUUCAUCACGCACACGCCAAUGUCCGGCUAUCUCGCACCUGCAGCUAAGAUUUGUGCACCCUUCGGAAGAGUAUGUUCUAUUGUUCAAGACAAGGAGAUGCCAAUGUAUGGCACCGAAUUCAUGGCAAAGAGCCUUACGUUCACUUGGGCAUUGUUGGGCACAAAACCGUAUUACGGAGUCGACGUUGAGACUCACGGAAGAAUUCUCGAAGAAUUGGCUCAAAUGCUAGAUGAUGGGAAAGUGAAGUGUCAUUGCAUGCAGAAGCUGAAGGUCGAUGAAGAUGGCUUGAGAAAAGCUCAUGAGAUCAUUGAAGGUGGAAAAGCGAUUGGGAAGGUUGCUUUGGAAUUCUGA